AUAAUUUGCCAUCGACUAAGAGGGGCCUCUUUUGCCCCCCAAGUGAUAUGGUCAGAGACUAAGCCGGCAAAAGGGAAAGCAACGUUUGGUUUUCCCCCUCACGUAGAAGCAAGCUCGGCAAAGCUCGAACGAGGGGGGGGAAUUCGGGUGAGGGAUCACAAGUAACAUAACUAUUCCGUCAGCCAAAGCAAAUGAUUCUAGAUGAGACUGAUUCUAAACCUAAUUGCUGUAUGCCAGCCGGGCCGCACGGCUUCUCUGUUCGUCGUAAGGGAGAUAAAAUAGUAUUUGAGGAAAAUAUAGGGAUUCUUGUACAAGAUCGCUGCACUCGGCGCUUUGCGCAGACAAAAGUCCCCACCGGCCCGAGAUACCUGCAAGCUACCAAGCUACAGUUAGUGACUCCUGUACCUUCUCCCAACGUCACGCUCCAACUCUCUGUCUCUCGCUCACGCACUACGUACUUCUCUUCCCUCCAACCCCCAGCAAAAGCAGAGCGACACACGACCAGUCGGACCUGCGAUCCUCAAAGCCUCAAUUGCCCAUCCAGAGUCAUUCUCUCCUCUUCUUCCUUUCUCUCAGAGACACGACUCUCACAGGAGAAGCCCGUCUCUUCGUUUUUCUCUCCUCAAUCACAAGAUCCCCAAUCAUGGUACCCAACGCGAUAAUGCGCACUGUGCUCUCAAGAGGAGGUUACGGCUCACGAGCCUUGUCCACGAGCGCACGACGAUUGCAGACGCCUAGCGGUGCUC